AUGUGCCAAAAGCCGCUCGGCUCCAAGAAAAAAUCAAAGUCCACAAAGGCCAAGCCCGUCCUCGCGCCCGGCGCUCUCGGCGCGUGCCCAGCCCUCGACCCGUUUCCGUACCCGCACGUGCGCGCCCCUCCCGGCCUCUUUGACCGGCGUGCGCUGCUGGCGGUGCGCGAGGAGCUGGCGUCACUGCAGCGCACCUUCAAGGAGACCGACCUCUUCAAGGUGUACCAGACUGGCGACCUGGCCAACCUCGACCCGGCAGACCCGCGCCACGCCGCCGCACUCCCGCGGACGAUGGCGCUGCGUUCGGCGCUCUACUCGUCCGAAUUCCGCGCGUGGGUGCGGCAGCUCACGGGCUGCACCGAGCUGACCGACCAGACGGACUGCUCGUGCAACGUCUACGGCGGCGGCGGCCACUUGCUCUGCCACGACGACGUCAUCGGCUCGCGGUUCGUCGUGCUGCGCUCCUCCACCUCUCGCGGCGAGACCCCGACCCUCGACCGCGACCUGCUCCCAACCCUAG